AUGGUCGUGCGCAUUGAUAUUUAUGUUGCUGACUGGAACUUCAUGAAUAGAUUCAGGAGCACGGAUUUUGCGGAGGCUUUUGAUGAUGAUGGCAACGAAUCUACUUUUGUUCUUGCAAGUGAGGCCUCUAUUGAGAUGUUGGAGAAAGUGAACGUCGAAUUCUCCACAACGUGUUCAGUUUGUAUGAAGGAGAUUAGGGUUGAUUAUGAAGCAACUCGAAUGCCGUGUUUACAUAUUUUCGAUGAGAAUUGCAUUGUGGAGUGGCUGCACAAAAGUAGGUUUUGUCCCGUGUGUCAUUUUUCCAUGCCUGCAGAUGGUGAUUAUACACAGCGAAGGUUGCCAUGUGUCUACAUGAUGUGA